CUGGGUGAGCGCAGAUCCCCGGCUGAACCCGGCCAGAAGCGGCAGGGCGGACGGACUCGAGCGGGAACCGAGAGGUGCCCCGAGGCCGUCCCCUGACCUUUCUUCCAUAAGUGUCAGCAUGGCAGAGCCCGGCCCCUCAGAGCCUCCAGGUCUGCAGACACCUGGGGCCUGCUUCACCAAAGAGGAGGCACCGUCCCCGCUGAGCCCCCACGGUUUGCGGCCCCAGUCUCUGCCUGCAGGCCCCGCCAGGCCACCACCCGCCUCGGCCCUGAGGCGCAAACGCAAGUUCACCCCGGAAGAGAAGAAAGACGAAGGCUACUGGGAUCGGCGAAAGAAGAACAACGAGGCCGCUAAGCGCUCACGGGAGAAGCGGCGGGUUAAUGACUUGGUCCUGGAGCAGCGGGUCAUGACCCUUCUGGAAGAGAACGCCCAACUUCGGGCCGAGCUGCUGGCCCUCAAGUUUCGCUUCGGUCUCCUGGGUGAGGAUCCACCACCCCCCUGCUGCCCAGAGCUGUCUAUCUUCUCCGAGGACUCGGGCUUUUCUGCUCCCGGCAGUCCUGAGCUGGCAGAGUCACUUGGUGAAAUGGGCAGUGCCCGCUCAGAAGCCAGAAGCCUCCUGCCCCACAAGCUGAGGUUCAAAGCCGCUUCAGAGCCUGAGGAACCCGGAGCUGAAGGGAGUGACCGCCUAGUGGGACGAGCCAGUGGGGUGCCCCUGUUGGCCUGGCACGGCCCACCAUGCCCUCCGACGCCUACCUCAGCGAACAGCAGCCUCCACACCCAGCUUGCGUCUCUCUCAGCUGAAGUGGCCCAACUCAAGAGACUCUUCUCAGAGCAAAUCCUGGCCAAGAUGAUAUGAGGGCUAAGGGAGUCGGAGGAUGGGGAGAAAAGAGGAGAGAGGACACGAGCUGUGCCUAUCCUUCAGUGCCUGUUUGUACCUAUGGGACUGAGAAUAAAAUGUGUUUCCUGCA